AGUCUUGAGUCUUCUGCUAAGGAUCAUGGAUGAAUUUGAGCUUACCCAUUUGAGCGAGGGGUGUGGCUACAACUUUGUCUAAUCGCACAAAGAAAUAUAAAAACUUACAUUUUUGAUCAAUUCUAUGCAAUAGACUUUCUUUUGACGGCUUGGGUAAUUGGAGGAGCCAAACGCGAGGAACGGCUUGGGUAAUUGGAGGAGCCAAACGAGAGCCCUGCAGGCUUUAGGACCGCGGGGUGUGCACGAUGACAGGCGAUCCACUCCACAGUAAUGGGAGUUGUUGGUGCUCCGGGCAACCUGCUCGUCCAGUCUAAUGGAUUCAAAUGUGGUCGGUGCGCUCAUGGUGCAGUGGAUUCCUUUUUUGGAUAGACUAAACGCAAGCAUGGAAGUGAGACUUGAACUGGGCUAAGUUUUUGGGAGCCUCUCUGCAACAUGGGGCUGUGGGGCAGACACCGGAGGAUGUUGUGUUUAUGGUUGUUGCUUCUUGGAGUCACUUUGCUUCUGUUGAUCGUUUCUGACCUUUUCCACGAAGAAGAACAACAACGCUCCCACCAGACACUUGCUGGCGCCCCACGCCGCCCCUUCCAGCGGCCCCCGGAUCCGCCGGACGAUUUGGAGCUGAUCGGAGACGCAGAAUUGGAGCUGGUACCCGAGUUCGUCCCCAUCAACUCGCUUAAGGAGGACCAACUUUUGUUCGUGGCGUCCACGCAGAACGCAAAAGACCUGCGGCAUAAGAAUGGGAAUUACAAGAUGCUCUUGCCCGCGUCGAGGAGGGAAUUUCUGUCCGGUCGUGUGGAAGAAGAAGAGCAGGAUCAAUACGACAACCAGAUCUCACUGCCUGAGGCGCGACAUCCUAAGUGCUUUGGCGAACAGUACAGUGAAUCAUUGCCUUCUGCCAGCGUGGUCAUCUGCUUUCACGAUGAGGCUUGGUCCACACUUUUACGCACACUGCACAGCGUCAUCAACACAGCGCCCAGUGCCUUCCUGGUGGAGCUCCUCCUAGUGGACGACCUCAGUACACAUGAUAACCUGAAGACUCAGCUCAGUGAAUAUGUGUCCCACCUGGAUGGGGUACGUUUGAUUCGCAGCACGAAGCGCCUCGGGGUCGGAGGGUGCCGUAACCUGGGUGCAUCCAUAGCUUCGGGGGCGGUUCUGGUGUUCAUGGACUCACACGUUGAAUGCCACAACGGCUGGCUGGAACCACUCCUGGAGAGGGUGGCCCAGGACAGGACCAGAGUCGUUUCCCCCAUCAUGGAUGUGAUCCACUGGGAGACUUUCAAGUACAACGCCACCCAGUGGCCAGUGUGGGGGGUUUUCGACUGGAAUCUGGACUUUUCCUGGGAAUCCAAACCGCAACUGCUGGACGGGGACUCGGACUUGGCGGUUGAACCUGUAUUGAGUCCAGCAUUAGGAGGUGGAGUUCUGGCCUUGGACAGACAUUUCUUCCAUAAAGUGGGAGCCUUUGAUCCUGGGAUUCUACUGUGGGGAGGGGAACAGAUUGAGCUGUCAAUCAGGGUGUGGUCGUGCGGAGGCUCAAUGGAGGUGGUUCCUUGCUCCCGAGUGGCCCACCUAGACCACCGCCUCCCCCGCCCCCCUUCCCGCUUCCAAGACCAGGAGCAGCUUGAGAGGAACAAGAUCCGCACAGCUGACACGUGGAUGGACACGUACCGCAAUAUUUUCUACAGGCGGGACACGCUGGCUCAUUUUAUUAGGCAGUCUGAGAGGCCGAAUAUUACCGAGCGCCAGCAGUUGAAGAUGACUUUGGGAUGUAGGGACUUCCACUGGUACCUGACGACAAUCCAUCCCCAACUUUACAUUCCGCAGGAUAGACCAGGAUUCUCGGGCGAGCUGUACAACGUCGCAGUCGAUGGCUGCAUCGACCACCAUCCAGGUCAAGGGGCGCAUGUCGGAGCCAUGAUCCUAGCGCCAUGCAGUGGCACAGGCAGGCAGCAUUGUGACCUCAACUCCGACGGGGAAGUGCGAUGGGGUCCCGCGGGGGCUUUGUGUAUGGACGCCGUUGGAGACCAGGUGGUCCUCUCCCAGUGUUGGCAGCCAAUCAGUGAAAGGCUCCAGUGGACGUUCAUAAAGCUGAGUGGCCAGUUGCUACAUCGGCAGUCUCUGUUGUGUGUGGAGGCUGUGAAGGAUGGACGUGGCACACCAUCGGAUCAAGUCGGUGCCCAGACGGGUGCGGGAGACCUCGUCUUGCGCCCCUGCACGCGGCAUCCCACGCAGCAGUGGCACUUUGAGCAGCUUGUGUCACCCUAAUAUUUGUCCAAAAAAUGUAUAUAAUCAUAAUAAUCUAUGAUCAUCUACAUUAUGGUAAAACGUUCACAAUAUUUGCUCCUGUUUUAAGGAUUUUAGAUGGAACUCCUAUUUUUAAUAAAAGACUAUCAGCUCACA